AUGGACUUGGAUGUCUCGAGAAACGAAGAUUCCGAGGACACAGAUCUUGGUUUUGCCUUCAACGAUUCUAGUUUCUCAGAUAGAAUCCUUCAACUCGAAAUCAUGAGGGAUCUUAUUGAAAUUUUCCCUAGUUUCAAGAGUUCAUCCAUAAGCGCCGAUCGAACUAGCCUCGGCAAAAGGAGAAGGGAGGACAUUCAGAAAGACAAUGCAAAAUUAUUGUCAGGCCAGCCUGAUGUAGACGAUUCUGCGGCGCAUAAGUCUCAGAAUUCAGAGGCGGAUGCAAUGGUUGAAGUGUCCACGGCUGCUUAUGAGGCUUCCAAUCCUACAAAUGUUGUAGAUUCUCACAUGGACUGCUCUCCAGUACUUAAAGUGAGAACACUACAUAUUAGCUCCUCCAUUCUGGCUGGGAAGAGUAUGUUCUUCUACAAGCUCUUCUCUAACGGGAUGAGGGAGUCACAACAGACGCUAGUCACCCUAAGAAUUGAUGCAUCUGAGGAAGCUCCAUUCAUGGAGCUUUUGAAAUUUAUGUACAACCGUUGUCUUUAUCCGACCUCACCACCUAGAUUGUUGGACGUCUUCAUGGCGGCAGACAAGUUUGAGGUGCCGUCAUGCCUGAAAUACUGCAGUCGAGUAUUGCUGAACAUACCCAUGACAGUGGAGUCUGUGUUGCUCUACCUAGAGCUUCCUUUGUGUGUGCGAAUGACUAAUGCUGUUCAGCCAUUGGUUAUAGCAGCAAAACAGUAUCUUGUUGCUCGUUACAAGGACAUCACAAGGCAUCAAGAGGAGCUGAUGGAAUUGCCACUUGCUGGGAUUGUAGCAUUAUUAUCCAGCGAUGAGUUGCAAGUCGGAUCUGAAGAUGCAGUGUACGACUUUGUGAUGGUGUGGGCUCGAACCCAGUACCCUAAUCUAGAAGAGAGGAGAAAAAUCCUCAGACACAAUCUUAUUCGCUUCAUCCGUUUCCCAUUCAUGACCUGCCGCAAGCUGAAGAUAGUCCAAACUUGCAACGACUUCAACCAUGAAGUCACUUCUAAGCUAAUAUUUGAUGCCUUGUAUUUCAAGGCUGAAGCACCACACCGACAAAGGAUACUAGCUACAGAAUCGGCUUCCACUAGUCGCGUCUUCAUUGAGCGAUCAUAUAUUUAUCGCCCUAUUAAAAUUGUGGAAUUCGAACAUCCACAUCAACAGUGUGUGGUAUACUUAGACCUAAAACGGGAGGAGUGUGCCAACUUGUUCCCCUCUGGCCGCGUCUGUUCACAGGCCUUCCAUUUAGGUGGUCAAAGGUUUUUCUUAUCAGCACAAUGCAAUAUGGACCAACAUAGCUUCUACCAUUGCUUCGGCUUAUUCAUUGGCAUGCAGAAGACAGGAUAUGCCAACGUCAGCGUUGACUAUGAAUUUGCUGUUCGGUCGAGGCCAACCUUAGAAUACAUCAGCAAGUAUAAAGGAAACUUUAAAUUUACUGGGGGAAGUGCAGGCGGUUACAGGAACUUUUUUGAAACACCUUGGACUUCAUUUAUGGCGGAGGACAAACUCUUCUUUAUUAAUGAUGUUCUCCAUCUUAGAGCAGACCUAACAAUCAGAAAGCAACUGGAUUUCAAUCGUCAUGUAGUUUGGUAG